AUGGCGCCGGGGGUGGCGUUCGCGCUCAGCCUGAUCCUCGUCGUCGGUCAUCUGCAGGAAGGGCCAGGCUCCCUCGCGAAGACCUUCACAUUCCCCGAGUACCCGUACAAGGAAACCACCAAGAAUGAGCUGCUCUUCCGGCAGUUCGAGCAGGCCUGCGAGGAGAGCGGCGCCUGCAAAAUGUUGUCGCACAGAAGCGGCGUCGCGAAAACUAGGUGCAUACGGGAAUGCGUGUCGCCGUCUUGCUACAAGGAGAUCUAUUUAUUCGAUCAGUUGGAGGAGGGUGAGAUUGAUGUGAGAUUAAAUUCCUUCAAGGGUUGCUUCAUGCAGCGAAACGGACGGCCGCGGAAGUAAAAGACGAAGGAAGAAACGGAGGCGCGCGGCUUCGAAUCGCGAAAUGAACGAACGAGCGAUCGAAGGACCGACGGACGAGCCGUCGGUGUACCGUUCAACCCCUUCCGGUUUCGCUGUAGUCGCGCGAAAAAGCAAAAAGUACACGAUCCGUCGUCUCUGGAGCUUCUCGCCCGGACUCCGCCGUUCCAAAAGAGUUAAAUCGAAGACUAACACACGAGCGUACCGCGCAAUGCGCCUCGAACGUUCGUGGAUGGUUCGCUGAAUGUGAAUUAUUAACGAACGCGCUUCGUGCGGCUUCGUGCGAGGAGUAGUAGUGGCGGUAAAUAACUAUGUAGCAGUUAGUGGCGGUGGUGGUGGUACACCGACGGGAAUCGUGCUCGAGAACAAUCUUUUUCUACUUUUUGUACGCACAUGUUACCACGUCACGACGUCGUCAUCGUCGUGUAACAUUGAUAAACGACACUGCACAAAAUAAAGAGAUGAAUUGUUAACGGUU